CCGGGCUCAUUGGAGCUGCGCAUAGUGAACGGAGUACACAGCAAUGCGGACGAAGAAGGGCAAAAACAAGGGGAAUAGUCCGUUUUUCCUCUAACAUCCCGGUGGAUCGGGGCUUCGCUCGGUCGUACGGAACGAUUUACGCACACGGAACCGCACAGAAAAGGGACAUUAACUGGCUUGGAAGCAGCUCCGUGGCGGAUAUUUUCCCAACAAAACCUUAACCCACAUUUGUAUUCCUAGUCCCCGGGUCGUGUGGAACAGUCCGCUAUAAAUAAUGAUUGCUUGAAUAUUUUUGUAGCGUUUUUUUUGCCAGCAACGCUUCACGUUUUUUGUUGUUGUUGCAAACUCGCUAUGGUGGACUCCCUUACCAUGAGGAAGACUUUUGUGGUCCCCGACAUAAAGCCAUUGGAUUUGUAUGACUGUACGAAAGCGAAAAUAUGCGCAAGUGUCGGAUGGCUGUUGGCAAAGUCCUACGGCAGUGCAGAGAGUGUCCCUGCAGAGCUGCGUGACCCCUUCUACUGUGACCAGUAUGAGCAGGAGCACCUUAAACCGCCAGUCACGCGCCUCCUGCAGUCGUCGGAGCUCUACUGCCGGACGUACGGCCUAUUACUGGGGGGCACCGGUGCCGAGGCGCAGCCCAAAGACAACGUCGCCCUGCUGCAGCUCCUCACUCAGAGAGGCAUCGUCUCCAAAGACCAGGACACACCGGUGACCGAUGCAGACCUCCGACACAAACCCAUCAAAAUGAGUGCUCACCUGGCAGUGAUGGAUGCCUUGAUGGCCAUGGGAGCUAUGGAGACGGUGACUGCGGUGAGGACAUGUGGUUCUGCCGAGCUCCUGGGUGGAGCCUCCAGCUGGGAGGAGGCUCUGCUUCAUUGGGUUAAUCGGUUAAACCAGAAGUUAAGAGAACGUACUGAAGGAGCCCAGAAUGACACGUCUCAGGCCACGACAGAGCCCCAACCUGUUCAACCCUCUUGUCCUACUCGCUGGUACUGGAAACUUGUUCCUCUCCGCUACAGGAAGGAUAAAAUGCAGUCCAAACAAAAGCCCAUCUUUCCGGUGGUGAAUGAAGUAAAGGACCUGUCCAGUGGUUGUGCUGUUGCUGCAGUCAUACAUUACUAUUGCCCUGGCCUGCUAAGACUUGAAGAUGUUUGCAUGAAGGAGUCCAUGUCUGCAGUAGACGGCCUGUACAACCUGCAGUUCAUCCAUGAAUUCUGUGACAGCUGUCUGAAGAGCUGCUGUCACUUAGCACUGGAGGACAUGCUAUACACCCCACAGGAGCUUCAGCCUAAUUUGCUGAGCUUCCUAGCAGAACUGCUUAGCUGGUUUGAAGUACGAAGGCCAGAAUUUGUUCAGCCAAUAGACACGUUGGAUGGAUCCACACUAGCAACACCAAGUAGCUUGAGUGGUAGCAGUACCUCCCCUUCUAUCUUCAAGAAGCCUUUCCUACCCAUCUCCUCUCCUGCGUCAGGAUCUUUGACUCAGUCUACCUCAAUGUCUCAUAUAGAAGGAGUUGGAAAGACAUGGAGCAAAAAACCUCUCAGCCGCCCCUUGUCAGCGGUGUCCUUCAGCAUUCCUUUUGGCCUGGACAGUGAUGUGGACAUCGUGAUGGGCAACCCUGUGAUGACCCGCUCUGUGAGCUCAGACCAACUCAACCCAGCAGGCCAAAAUAUGACCCGGGUGCCCAACUCCCCUCCUGAAGACCUCAGCCAUUUGCUGAGCAAACCCCCUGGCUCCAACGGUCCACAAAGAGCUUCUUGGGCCACCCAGACUCCUAGUGUUCCAAGGUUGGCAGAGGAGAACGGCCUUGUGGCGAGUGAAACGGGAGAGCUGCCUACCAUUGAAGAGGCUCUCCAAAUUAUCCACAACGAGGGCAAGAUGGAGCCUCGUUUACACCCUGAUGGUGCUCCUGAUGGCUUCUACCUCCACUCUCCUGAUGACCCUGCUAGUUCCAGACAUAAUAACUUACCACCCAUCAGCUGCUCUGCCCCUACACGCUCAGGAAUGAUGUACCGGCCCACGGGAGAGUCCAAGGAGCCCACUCGCAUCAGAAACGCCUCUGAAUGUUCUCGAGAUGAUGACUCGGUCUUGAGAGAUGGCAGUGUAGACUCUGAUGCAUCAGAAGACCUGCCUAAAGCCCUGUCCACUCCAACCACACCUGCUGCUGGUUCACACUCUGCCAGAGGCCAUGGCAAAGAGGGGUCUGAUAGUGGUGUGAAGAUGACCAGCUUUGCAGAACGCAAAAAGAAGCAUAUUAUGGAUUCUCCUAAAGCCAGCCAGCCCUCUUCUUCUUCUUCUCAGAUGACCACAUGGGCACAAAAGUCUGAAGAAAGCCCCAGCAAUAGCCCUCAACUCAACAAUGAGAUGUCUGAGCUGGGAACUCGGCUUGAAGAAAAGCGCAAGGCUAUUGAAGCCCAGAAAAAACGCAUUGAGGCCAUUUUUGCAAAGCACCGACAAAGACUGGGGAAGAGUGCCUUUCUGCAGUUAAAGAAGGAUCAGCGUGAGGGGGAAGGGGAAGGAGGGGAUGGUCAGAUCAGCACCUCAUCCACAGAAGAAGACCUCUCUCGCUUGACACUUGAUGAAAGGCUUGCUCGAAUGGAAGAGGAAGAGCAGCAAGAACAAAAUGAACAGCGCCCCUCAGUGGAGGAUGACGGUAAUGUCAAAGUAGGACUUCAGCUCAACAAACAGGUCAGUCACUCCAAAGAAAAGGCAGGUACACCAGGAGAGAAGGGCUCUGGGACUCAUGGUGAGAAAAUGGUAGCUCCACUAGGGGACUAUAACAAUGCCGUGUCCAAGCUGACUGUAGCUCUUAGCUCUCUGCAAAGUGACAUGCAGCGGCUGACCGAGCAGCAGAACCACUUAAUCAAGAAGAAAGCUGUAGAUUCCAGCCCUAAAACCUCCACCCCAGCCCCUUCACGCCUGUCGCGCGAAUCCACCCGCGAUUUCAAUUCAGCCUCCUCCUCUCCAUCUCCAUCCCACAGACUCAUAAACCACACCACUCCUCCUAAAUCCCCUAAAGUCCACCGUAGAGCCCAAUCUGUGCCCCCUAAAAGCCCCAAACACAACCAACACAGCCGUUCCUUGGAAGUUAAGGUUCCAACCAUAUCGAGGGUUAUGAUGACCGCACCUCAAAACGUGGACCGCAUCCCCCACCUUCGUCGUGUCAGUCCUUGGCAAUCCAAAGACCAGUCUUUGUCCUCAUUCACCAUUGGUGACUCUGACAACCUAGAUGAGCUGCACUCAUCUGGACCAACUCCUGUCCCCACGCCAACACUGACCCCUAUACCUACUCCCCUUCCCGAUGACACAAUGUCAGAGGUCGGCUCCAAUGACGAUCAUAGUAUAUUUAGCAUGGACCUGGAGGCCGGGUCCUCACAUGGUCUUUUGGCAAACAAGAGGCUUGCAGAUGGGGGCUGCAGCUCUGGUGCCCCAUCAGAGUGCUCCUUCGAGAGUGAUGCCACUGCAGGGAUGUUGAAUGGCAAACGCAGUAGCCUGAUAGAGAUCUCGCUGUCUGCCAUGCGAGGAGAUGGGGAGGACGACGACCAAGUACCGGACGCUUUCUCCGACUCGAUGAGUGAACGGCUGGAGCCAGAGGCGAAAGGAGGAGUCGGUUUCUUUUUCAAGGAUGACGAGGUACGACCAGAAGACGAGAUGGCCCAGCGAAGAGCAGCUUUGCUGGAAAAACAGCAGAAGAGAGCAGAAGAGAUGAAAAGACGCAAACUUGAGCAGGAAAAAGAAAAAGAAUCAAAGAAGCCUCAGUGGAUGAUCAUCGAAGGCUGGGGCAACAAAAGUGAGGACGGACCCCAGACUCCAGGCACCCCUCCAGCAUCACGCACCCCACCAGUUGAAGGGACUCCUCAGCGCAGAGGAGACUUCACUCGGCUGGAGUAUGAGAGGAGACACCAGCUGAAGAUCAUGGAAGACUUGGACAAGGUGCUGAGGCAGAAACCCACCACAGUUCGCGGUGUCAAGAAGCAGAGACCCAAGGCUGUGUUCAGAGAUGACUCCGUCCUCUCUCAUAGCCCUGCCAGGGGUUUCAUAGGCACCAAGGUGUACUCCCGCUCAACCAUGAACCUGUCCUCCAUGGCUAAUGACUCUGGAGGCCUGACUGUCAGGAAGUCUCCCAGCCGUUCACACUCUCCCUCCAGGCUAAUGUCACCAAGACGAGUCAGUGGUCACAACGGAGAGAAGGACUGGGAGAAUGGCUCCACUAUUUCCUCCCCUGCCUCAAUCCCAGAAUAUACAGGACCAAAGCUUUACAAGGAGCCUAGCUUUAAGUCCAACAAGUUCAUCAUCCAUAAUGCUAUCACCCGCUGCUGCCUGGCCGGCAAGGUCAAUGAACCACAGAAAAACAAGAUUGUAGAGGAGAUGGAGACGUGCACGGGCAACCACUUCCUCAUCCUCUUCAGAGAUGCCAGCUGCCAGUUCAGAGCAGUUUACACCAUGAACCCUGAAACUGAGGAGAUGGUACGGCUCACUGGUAUUGGCCCUCGGAUUAUUGCGCCUGAGAUGGUUGAGUCCAUUUACAAGUACAGCUCUGACCGCAAGCAGUUCACUGCCAUCCCGUCCAAAACUAUGUCCAUGAGUGUUGACGCCUUCACCAUCCCUGGUCACUUUUGGCAAAAGCGCCCAGGAACUCCCAAGAAGCUUGGCACCCCCAAAUAAUGUCAGAGAGCUGGGUGAAGACAGGUAGAGAUGUUACCAUUCAGGGAACCAGCUCCCAGCUUGAAUAGCUCCUUUUGUCCUCUGCUUUGGCCAAUGAGGCACUUGAGAUUGUGCAGAAUCCAGCUAACUAACAAUGGACAUCAUGACUGAUUUAGGCUUUUGGCCAGCUAUCAACCUGGACCCUUGGAGCAAUUCAGUCAACUCUAUAUGCCAAGAGAAAGGGCCAAUCACUCACUCAUUCAGCCAAUGUAGUUACAAUAGUUUCCUUCUUGAGGGCUUCUGAUUGGCUCUGCCUCGUCUCCCUAGAUUGUAAAAUGUAAUGUAACUGAUUCUGUUGGGAUGAAGACUUUUCUUUCCCUUGCACCCUGCCUCCUCAUGUCUUGCCUUACCCUGCCCCUGGAGUCAUUUUUUUGCAACUCUUAGGUAAGAAAAAGAGGGGACAGCCACACUGCCUUCGCCCACACAGUAUUUUGGGCCAGAGUAGUUCCCGCCCCUUCUCUAUUCUGCUUGCUUUUUCCUUUUUGCUGCCUUUUCUUCUUCUUCUUCCAGGGCUCACCCUCUCUCCGGUCUAGUGAGACGAGUGGCUCGACUCUCAGUUCUGAUAGGAGAUCUUAGCUGAAAAUGAAUGGCAGGUAAUGCUGCUCUCGUAUGAAUGUAGGGCACACACACUAACAACUCAUUCCAUUCAAGGGUGUUUUCUCUUGGUUUGUCAGGACCAGAAAGAAAAGCAUAGUGGGUGGUUCCUAUGUGGGCUGCACUGGUGGUGGCUACUGUGGUUGUCUUUGGACUUGCACACCUAGAAACUGCCUGUGCCCCCGUAGUUUGCGCAUUCCACUCAAUUCCAACUCCAUCAGCUGUAGACAUCUGGAUGUUUUUUUUUAUACUAUUUUGACAUGUUUUUGCUGGACAAGUUGCUUCGGCCUUUGAGAGCUGAAAGAAGAAUGAAAUUCAUGUGACUUUUUCCUCUUAACUUGCUUUCUCAUUUUCAACAUGAGAUAUGAAUUGAAAUGUUAUGAGCUUAUCUUGAAAAAAAAAAAAUAACUGGAAACAUGAAGGAGGGCUUUACCAUGUUUAUCAUUUCUCGGAUACAGCUAUGUGUGAAAAUGAUAAUCAAAGCUGAUUUAAUAUAUACUGAAUGCUGAUCACUUCGAUUUUUUUUGACUAUGAUUUGUAAAAAGUAAGUUGACCUUUGUAAGCUACGAAUAAGCUAUUCUGCUGCUUAAAAGCAUUAGUGAGAUGUAUGUUUGAGAUGAGAAUGAGUGUAAGAGAAUGAAAAUGUCAAACAACUAAAAAUUUGCUUAAACCUUUUGUCUAGGAGUAAUAAAUCCUUCAGGUCACUAGGAGUCUGUUUCCUGUUCUAUGAUUCCCUGUUUGUGUGCACCUGCAUAUAAACAGUAGGUUUCUUGUCGAAGGAUCAUUCUGGACUGUAACAGCCCUCAUCUUCCCCACACAGUCUCGAGAGACUCCUUCAUAUAUAUAUAUAUAUAUAUAACUGGGGGGAAUGUAAGACGCCAUUGUAAAACACUUUGUCUGGCAGUGUUUCCACGUCGUUAGGAAAAAGUCUUGACCCUGCAGUUGCUUAUGAUCAGGUCAAUAAUCACCACACACACACCCUGUUGGAAAUUGUGCUUCUUCACCCUCCUUUGCAGUCUUUAGCACUACAGCAGCUGCCGUGGUGCAGCUGUCUUGUUUCAAAUCACUGACUGCCUCCAACAAAUGUGUUGUUUGAAUGUGAUUCAAGAUGUGGGACAAAAAAAAAAAAAUGUUAAGAGCCGCAUUCAGGAAAUACGAUGAUUGAUUAAAAGUGAGUGUGGAGGAGUGCAUAUGGAAUUGGUGGAUGCUUGUAUUUAUGUGUUUUGUAAAUAGUAUGUGGUAGUUGAACACUAUUUUGAUUCUGUGCAAUUCUCCCCUAGAAAUCCCCACGUUACCCAGAGGUGUAUUUAUUUAGUUUGCGUUAGAUGGUGCAUUUGAUGUUUAGUUUCAGGUUCUAUGUCUUUUUAGGUUAAGGUGGUAAGUCUCUCAUUCAUUUCAUAGAAGUUGUCAUAACAUUUGUUUCCUUUUCUCUUUUUCUUAUCAAACCUGUGCCAGCACAUUAUGUAUGAUCAUUUCAUGAAUUGACUAUCCUUGUCAACUAGACCAGACGAAUAAAAAUCCUUUUAAAAUCAUCGUCAUCCAUGUUUUGUCAUUCCCAUUUUUAUUUUCCCCAUUUGCCUUGUUAGAAUUGUCAGAAAGGAGCUUUUCUGGCAGAUACUGAAAAAGCAACACUGAUAUAUUAAUACAUGCUUGAGUCAAUUCAGUUAUGGGUGUUGAAUACACAUUGGUUUCUUUAUUCAGAUAUUUUGUUUUUACACAGUUAAGCACUUCUGCCUAUUGGUAGUGCUUGGACCUCAAAUCUGUCUAACAAUACUGACAGCAACAUAUGUUGACUGGACUGUUCGGCUGUGGUAAUACUGUUGAUAAUGGACACUUGGGUAAGUAUGACGCAGGUUUACAAAAUGUUUUUUCAAAAUAUUUUUGAAGUGGGCUUUUAAAGAGAGCAUGCCAGUUACUAUUUGCAACAAUCAUCGAAAGUUGGGCCUAAAGGGAGGUACAAAAAUUCACAGCAGCACACUCUGACUGUGCCGCUGUUUGAAGAGGGCUUGAAGAUACAGCAGCAUCUUCUCAGCUGUGCUUGGUGUGCAGCAUCUCAGUGAGUAGAGAGUUGCAUGGCAAAUCUCCCAGAAGAUGGCGCUGGUACAAAUACUCCUCAACCUGCAAGCUAAUGCUGCGUACUUCAGGAAGUCGUAGCAGCAGCUGGCCAAACUUGUCCGAGUGUCUUGGAUCACUCUGUUGGGUGUGCUCCAUCAGGGCCCUGUUCACCCUCUCUUGCGUCUGCUCCACCUGCUUGCGGCUCUGCACUGACUUCACAUCUACAGCAGAAAGUAUAUAAUUCAUACACCCUCAACACCAACAGCAGCUGCAUGCAUGACUGACAUGAAGGAAGAAAAAAAGGUGACAUUGUUGAUCAAAAAGCUACAUCUGAUGUGUAUCUUCUAUGAAGAGUCUAGUUAGACUUUUAAAAGAAAAAACUCACCAGGGUUGAAUAGCACUAAGUGUUUGAGACAGAUGAACUCAUGUCUGUCCAACUGGAAUGCCUUCAGUUUGGACACUAAGUCCUGGGUCCUUGAUACCAGGCUACUCAGUGUCACUCCUGCCUGAGAGAUGACGGUCAACACCUCAAUCUACAUCAGAAUGAGAGAUGGCUGGUGAUCAAGAGUUCAAAAUGUAAAGUUUCUGUGCAACCCAAAAUGAGACCUGUUCAAUCCAAAGACAUUGUUGAUGAUCAUAAGAAUUCCAGAUGUUGUGGUGUUAACGGUAAACCUUACCUGUUGUCCAGUGACCAGAUAUAUGCAGCCCUCUUUGCUGUAGAUCACCUGUCUACAAAGGUGAUCCAGGACCAGCAGCUCACUCCAACAGCUCUGCAGCAGCACCAUCUGGUCCUCCACCUGUGGGAAGCAUUAAAAAAUAGGUCUGAUGUAGUUGUAAAUGAAAGACUACAACCUUCGAGCUCAAAUAAGUACCAAACAUAUAGCAAAAAGUGUCAAAUGGGUCUGCUCACACAGCAGAUUUCUACUACUGCGAAAAAGGUUAUGUAACUUUAUAAUUCAUGAUUCAUCACCUUGAGCUCCUUGAAGAGUGCACUGUUCCUAGCCCACUCCACAAGCCCAAACAACGUCUGGUCUGCCAUCUUGCACAUGACGCUGAAUGUAUUUAGGCGGUCGUGCUUGCCCCGGUUGGCCUGUUCUCUCUGCAGACUGGCGAGGACCUUAGCACACAGCUGGCUCUCAUCCUGCUCCCCCUCCAGGAGUUGAUUGAGGAAGUUGUGUUUAAGAGUGGCCGAUGAGGGGGUGUCUGGGGUUUGGGUGGGAGCCUGUGAGAAAGGGGUGGAUGAGCUUAGUGUUGAGCAGGGGGAUGAUGCUGGUGUGCUUCUUGGUGUGAAUGAAUUGUCCGAAAUUGGGUGCACAUAGUUUGUUGGAGCCGGGCUGUAGCUGUAAGGCAUCUCUCCUUUCUCCUGGAGGUAUCCGGUGAAGGUGCGGUGGUACAGUCCAGAGUAGGGCAGCGAGAGAGGGGUGAGCACCCUGUCUGCAUUCAUAGUGCAGUCCAGAGGCAUGGGAGCACCCGACUGCCCCAUGCCAGAGGGAUAUAUGUGGGACUGAUGUAAAGCAUCAGAGGAAAAUGGAGCACUUGUGUGACUGCCCAUUAGGUGAUGCUCACUUGGUGCUGUGGGCCGAUGUGUUUGAGUGGUUUCCAUCCUAAUCCUGUAGGGAGCAGUGUUUGGCUGGUGAUACACCUUUUGCUGUUUCAUCUGCCUGUCCCGCCGGUACAGAGGGCCAAAUUUAUUCCUGCCACCUCUCAUACGAUCUGCUCUUACUGCUGUUGACAGAAGAUGAAACAAACAAUCAAGAUUUCUCAACAAGAUUUCAGACAUUGCCAGAGGUGAUUUAAUUCAUGUAACCGUCUUGUCUUAGGGUUCAGAUAGAAAGUCGUCAUUUAUAAUCUGUGGCGUUACAGCACUGUAUGCUUUAUGACUUCUUAGAUAAGUCGUAUGGGGGAGAAAAGAACAUGCAUG